UCCCCGCCUUUUCCGCCCUCCCGUCCCCCUCCCUCGGCCCGCCGCCGCUGCUCCAGAUGAGGUGAUGGCAACGGCCAACUUCGGCAAGAUCCAGAUCGGGAUUUACGUGGAGAUCAAGCGGAGCGAUGGCCGAAUACAUCAAGCAAUGGUAACGUCUUUAAAUGAAGAUAAUGAAAGUGUAACUGUUGAAUGGAUAGAAAAUGGAGAUACAAAAGGCAAAGAGAUUGACCUUGAGAGCAUCUUUUCACUUAACCCUGAUCUUGUACCUGAUGAAGAAAUUGAACCCAGUCCAGAGACACCUCCACCUCCAACAUCUUCAGCCAAAGUAAAUAAAAUUGUAAAGAAUCGACGGACUGUGGCUUCUAUUAAGAAUGACCCUCCUCCAAGAGAUAACAGAGUGGUUGGUUCUGCACGUGCACGGCCUAGUCAGCUUCCUGAGCAGUCUUCCUCUGCACAACAGAAUGGUAGUGUUUCAGAUAUAUCUCCAGUUCAAGCUGCAAAAAAGGAAUUUGGACCCCCUUCACGUAGAAAAUCUAAUUGUGUGAAAGAAGUAGAAAAAUUACAAGAAAAACGAGAAAAAAGGAGACUACAGCAGCAAGAACUUAGAGAAAAAAGAGCCCAGGAUGUUGAUGCUACAAACCCAAAUUAUGAAAUUAUGUGUAUGAUCAGAGACUUUAGAGGAAGUUUGGAUUAUAGACCGUUAACAACAGCAGAUCCUAUUGAUGAACACAGAAUAUGCGUUUGUGUAAGAAAACGACCACUCAAUAAAAAAGAAACUCAAAUGAAAGAUCUUGAUGUAAUCACAAUCCCUAGUAAAGAUGUUGUGAUGGUACAUGAACCAAAACAAAAAGUAGAUUUAACAAGGUACCUAGAAAACCAAACAUUUCGUUUUGAUUAUGCCUUUGAUGACUCAGCUCCUAAUGAAAUGGUUUACAGGUUUACAGCUAGACCACUAGUGGAAACUAUAUUUGAAAGGGGGAUGGCUACGUGCUUUGCUUAUGGGCAGACUGGAAGUGGAAAAACUCAUACUAUGGGAGGUGACUUUUCAGGAAAGAAUCAAGAUUGUUCUAAAGGAAUUUAUGCAUUAGCAGCUCGGGAUGUCUUUUUAAUGUUAAAGAAGCCAAACUAUAAGAAGUUAGAACUUCAAGUGUAUGCAACCUUUUUUGAAAUUUAUAGUGGAAAGGUGUUUGACUUGCUAAAUAGGAAAACAAAAUUAAGAGUACUAGAAGAUGGAAAACAACAGGUUCAAGUGGUGGGAUUACAGGAACGGGAGGUCAAAUGUGUUGAAGAUGUACUGAAACUCAUUGACAUAGGCAACAGUUGCAGAACAUCCGGUCAAACAUCUGCAAAUGCACAUUCAUCUCGGAGCCAUGCAGUGUUUCAGAUUAUUCUUAGAAGGAAAGGAAAACUACAUGGCAAAUUUUCUCUCAUUGAUUUGGCUGGAAAUGAACGAGGAGCUGAUACUUCCAGUGCAGACAGGCAAACCAGGCUUGAAGGUGCUGAAAUUAAUAAAAGCCUUUUAGCACUCAAGGAGUGCAUCAGAGCCUUAGGUAGAAAUAAACCUCAUACUCCUUUCAGAGCAAGUAAGCUCACUCAGGUGUUAAGAGAUUCAUUCAUAGGUGAAAAUUCUCGUACCUGCAUGAUUGCCACAAUCUCUCCUGGAAUGGCAUCCUGUGAAAAUACUCUUAAUACAUUAAGAUAUGCAAAUAGAGUAAAGGAGUUUGGAAUUAGUCCAUCAGACAUUCCCUUCUCACAGGGUAGUGGCAGUCGCCCUGAUCUCUCUCCUUCUUAUGAGUAUGACGACUUUUCUCCUUCGAUUACCAGGGUGAAAGAAUUGACUGUGGAUCCAACUGCUGCUGGUGAUGUCCGUCCAAUAAUGCACCACCCACCAAAUCAAAUUGAUGACUUAGAGGCACAGUGGGGUGUGGGGAGUUCCCCUCAGAGAGAUGAUCUGAAACUUCUUUGUGAACAAAACGAAGAAGAAGUUUCUCCCCAAUUGUUUACUUUCCAUGAAGCUGUCUCACAAAUGGUAGAAAUGGAAGAACAAGUUGUAGAAGAUCACAGGGCAGUGUUCCAGGAAUCUAUCCGAUGGUUAGAAGAUGAAAAGGCUCUUCUAGAGAUGACUGAAGAAGUAGACUAUGAUGUAGAUUCAUAUGCUACUCAACUUGAAGCUAUUCUUGAGCAAAAAAUAGACAUUUUAACUGAGCUGCGUGAUAAAGUGAAAUCUUUUCGUGCAGCUCUACAAGAAGAAGAACAGGCCAGCAAGCAAAUCAACCCGAAGAGACCCCGUGCCCUUUAAAUCAGCAUUUGCUGCUAAAGGAUCCCCAGAACCCACACUGCUGUAACAUACAAUGGUUCAGCUGUAAGGGCCAUUUGAAAGUUUGAAAUUUUAAGUGUCUGUGGAAAAUGUCUUGUCCCUUCACCUGAAUGACAUUUCAAUUUUGUGAAACACUCCUUUGUCUACAAAAUGCUUCUAGUCCAGGAGGCACAACCAACAUUUGGGAAUAGUGAAGCAUUUUGUUUCAUUUACCCAAACAGUGAUUUACUUUUGGAGAUCCUUGCCAAUUUCAUUUUCUGUAUGAAGUAAGGUUGUGGACUUGAUACAGAGGUGAAUAGUAGGGGGAAGCCACAGCAUUUCCUUUUAACUUGGUUCAAUUUUCGUAGCAAGACUGAGCAGUUUUAAAUCCUUUGCGUGCAUGCAUACCUCAUCAGUGAUUGUACAUACCUUGCCCCCUCCUAGAGGCAGCUGUGCUCACCUCUUUCUGCUUUGUGCCUUGACUAAGGCUUUUGACCCUAAAUUUCUGAAGCACAGCCAAGAUAAAUUACAUUCCUUAAUUGUCAUUGUAAAUUACCUUUAUUGUGUGUACAUUUUUACUGUAUUUGAGACAUUUUUUUGUGUGUGACUAGUUAAUUUUGCAGGAUGUGCCAUAUCAUUGAAUGGAACUAAAGUCUGUGACAGUGGACAUAGCUGCUGGACCAUUCCAUCUUAUAUGUAAAGAAAUCUGGAAUUAUGAUUUUAAAACCAUAUAAUGUGGUUAUAAUUUUCUUAGCAUUUUCUUUGUAAAGAACUAAGAUAUAAACUAGUUGGUGUAUAAUAAAAAGUAACAAAAUUCUGAAAAGAGUUUUAUCUUAGGGUAAUACAUAUAUAUGCAGUGUGUGUUCCAAUGUGGUAUUAACAGGACUAAUAGUGCAAUUUGAUCCUUACCAAUACCAUUACUUAAGUUAAAAGUGUCCAUUAGCACCCCAAAAUGUACCUUCUAAAUGUACUGAUAAAGGAAAUUGGCUUCUGAUGCAUGAAUAUUUACAUGUACACUGAAAGUAGUCCAUAAUAGAACUGUUAGUUUAAGCCAAGUGUAGACAGUACAUAACUCCCAUGAGAAAGAAUUAAGAUGAAAGAGAGUUGACUUUGCCUUAAAAGGCAGAUCGAACCCAAGCCCAUCCAUUACCUAAUGUGUGAUGUUUCAUUCUUACUUGGUGAGAAUCACCAAAGUCUCGCCAAUAAAUUCGAUUAGGGUAUGCUGCUUUUUAAAUGGUGGCACUUAUUUUUACAGAUUGCUACUCCAAGGAAGAAAACUGGCCACUUUUCAUGUAUAUAUUUUGUUAAAAGAUUUAUAUAUCUCUCUAGGAGUUCUCCCUUAGUUCCUAGGAUAGAGUCCAGGAGUAGAUUAAUAACAAAAAAAUCUCCCACGGAUGUCUUGUUUUGAUUUACUCAAAGGAACUACUGCUCAUUCAUUUGAGGCAAAGGGAAGCUAUGAAUAGAGGGUUACAUGAGCCAGAUUCCCUACUUCAUUGUUCAUAGAACCCAGAGGGUAGUUGUGGGAAAUCCUAACACCAUGGUGAAAUGCUCCUCUGUAAACUUGAAAUCUAGAACAAAUGUAGAUUUUCACAAUGUGCUUAUUAAUAAAUAUCUUUGGAAUGAGUUUUAGAGAUAAUUUACUUCAGUACAAUCACCUUUGUUUUGGAAGGGACUCAGGUUUUCUUGCAGUUGUAAGAUAUGUUCUAUUUGUGUUUAUUUCAAAGAGAAGAGGAAGAAUGGAGCGGAUACUAUUGACCUUGCAGAGGCUGCUUAAAAAGGUAGUUUUUGAGGCUAACCAACCUUCAGAGGGCAAUAAAGAGAUGUGAACUUGCUCACUUUAAAGCACAACAGAUUAUUCUUAAUUAAUUAAAUAAGAUGGGUACUAUCUCUGGAAGAUCUCCUUAACGUUCAAAUAUGCUGCCUUAUACUAUUACUGGCUUCAUUCUAAUCAGUAAUCAAGGUCUAUAGAAGAUUAGUGCCAGAAAAGAUUUUGGUGGUAUAAUCCAAACCUUCAGUUUUACAGAUAGGGAAAACUGAAGGCCAGAAAAGGGACUAAAACUUAGUAGUUCACAGGGGAAGAGGAAAUAGAGGGAAAGCUGAAUUAAUUCUUAAAAUUUUCCUUUAAGGCUAGAGAUGGUACAAAUAAGUUUUGCAAAGUAAGUAGUUUUGUGAUAUUAAAAAAAACUCAAGGUAUAUUUAAUAUUUAUGUAGAAGUGGCUUGAUGCAGCUAUUUAAAGAAUUUUUUGGAUCUGGAUUAAGCAUUCUUACUUUCUCAGAUUUCUUGAAAGCUGAUAUUCCUAAUAAUAAGUAAUUAUUUAUAUAGGAGUGUUUUAGUAUAUCACUUUGAAGCCAGAAAAAAAUCUGUUUAGGUAAACAACUUCCUUUCUAGGUUUACUCAGUGUACCUUUGUUAAAAUAAUUUGGAAGUAGUCUUUCUAUUAAGUUAGGCUUUUAAAAAGUCAGUUAUCAAUUAAGAUAUUUUUAUUAAUUUUCUUAUAUAAAUAAAAUAAUCAGGUACUAUAGUUCUUUAUCAAAAGACAUUAACAACACUUAGUAUUAUAUUUAUAAUGAUUUAAACAUAGUAGCUAAUUAAGACUUGUUUAGGGCACCUAUUUAAAUUGUCAACCAGCCAUUUUAAAAACAGCUUAAAACUAAGCAUUAGUAUAUGAAAAAGAUGCUGGAACUUUUAGUUUUCCAGAAGUCACAUGAAUACCAAGAGCUUCUAGAUAUGAGAAAAUGGCUGGUUGUGAUGUUUGUUUGUUUGAAGUAAGUUGAAGGGCAGAAUUUGAACUUGAAAGCCAGUUUUGAUUUAUAAAACUCUUUGAAAUUUUGUUAAACCUGUGGCUUUCCCCAAGAAAAAACAUACUGUCUUAUAGUUCAUUUUAUUCUAGUUCAGCUUCAUUAUUUCACAGCUGAGGAACCAGGCCCCGAAGUCACAUGCCUGGGACCACCGCAUGGUGGCGGUAGCGGACUCACAUUUACCUAGAACCUGAUGGAGCCUAUGAAUGCUACAGGACAGCUUGAAGGCAUAGGCAGUAAGUGAAAGAAGCUGCAUAAGAUAAAGAAGGAAUGAGAGAAGCAAAAUAAGAAACAGUUGUUUUAUUAUGCAGAUUAAUAAAAAGAAAUACUAUGGGAAAUAUGUGACUGAGUUAAGCAUAUUUUAGUUUUUUUUUUAUUAUUUGAGGGACAAAGACCAAGAGAGGUCCUCAUAGUAAUAUAUAACAUAGAAAAUAGAACAGUAAUAUCUUUAUACACUAAUCUGUUAGAAAUGGUAAGUUUUAAGUGUAAAGUUGUGCGUGCCUGCGGCUCUUGAAAUUAUCAUGCAAAGAUUGGACCCUGCCCUACUUUAGAUACUAAAAACACCACAACCAAAAAAAACUUGGGUACUUAGAAUUGACUGCCACUACCACAAAAAUUCAGAGUAAUAAAUGGUGACAGUAGUAAGAAGUCAAAAAUAGUCAAGCACCUAUGUUCCAGUGAAGAAAGGCAUGAUUCAUAUUUUCAAAUCGUUAAAAAUAUGUAAUUCCAGUUGAUUUUUCUUGAGUUUGGAAAAUUCUGUUUUCCAGAUUCCUAAGAAAAAUGUAUACCUUCUGCAUUGAAUCCAUGUAGCAAUCUGAAAAAAAAAAACCAAAAUGAAAUGGUAUUGAAAAAGUAAUUUAUUGCAUAUAACAAUACACAGUUCCUAUACCACGAAUUCUAAAACAAACACAUCAGCAAACCUCUGAAGCCCACCUCUUCCUAACACUAGCCAUUACAGAAACUUUUCUCUUCAAUUAAAUCUGCAAGGUAUAUAUUAGUUAAAAUCACAUCAUUCUUUGGCCUAUUUUGUCACAGCUUAUGUGUCUUAAGUUAUGGUAACGCUGACCAAAUUAUCUUAGAUCUCCACUAUCCAGACAUAAGACCUCAGUGGCCCUUGUUCCAUUUCAACAUGGUAAGAGAACAAGAGAUAAUCUUACAUGUUCACUUUUCCUCUCUGGGCUCACUUACUGAGGUUCCAGUUAAGUACUUAACACAUUGCUUUUCUCUUGAUACCUUUGUACUUACCGGAUCCCAGUUAGCAAACCGCAUAUGCUUAAUAACCUUGAAGAAAUUUAGUGGGAAUUAAAAUAAGAUGAACUAUUUCUGUUUAGAACUAAGAUGAUUUUCAGGAUGGCCCAUAGGAAGAGUUGAAGGUGGAUAUUAGAAUGUUUGAAAAAGGAAGAUCGGUACUUAAGAGUAAUGUUCAACUCCUAGGAUUAACCUCUGAUGAAGACUCAGUAGUACUACCUGCCAACAUAAAAUAUAAACCCCAUCUGUCUCAUAUGAAACUAUGCUGCCAGCUUAGAAAAGUCAAGUCAGUUACUUUUAUUAAAACAAUCUACCCUCAUUUUUAAUUCAGCUCCUUGAACAUAGCAUAGACAUUCUAAACAUGAAUUGGCUAACCAGGCAAAAGCUGUUAAGUGAUGAUUUAUUAGGAAAUCGAAGUGUUAAUGCUUAAAAACAGUGAGCAUAGGUAACUGAAGGCUUAAUCUGCUUUCAUAAGACUAACUUAAUUCAAGGAAAAUACAUUUUGGUCUGGACUACCCAUUAAUUAUGACACCCUUCUUUUAUUUUAGGUAUGUAGAACUUGCCUCAGUCUACAAAACAAGUAACUAUAUUACUAAACCAGUUAGAACUGAAAACCAGGUAUGAUUAUAAUUGACAUUAUUUCAUGUGUAGGAUCUGUUUAACAAUAGCUCUUCCCAGUACAGAAAAAAAAAUGAGAUCCAAUUACAUGCAUUAUGCUUCUUCUACCUUAACAAGCUACUUUGAAGACACACACUAUUAAGACUAACUAUGAAUGGGAGUUUGGGGAGGAGGCUGAAGGGGAGGAGCACAUAUACCACAACACACAUUGACACAGAGGCUAUCUCCAGGCUCGGACUGUUCUUUAUUACUGUUCUUAAAUGUUCAUUCUGCUGCAGCUAACUAGCCUCCAUCUUCUACACCAAAUACUAUUCCAUGCCAUGGAAGUGCUAUGCAAUAACUCCAGGUAGCACCUUAUACCGCUUAAAAGCCUUUAAAUCUCUAAUCUGAAGGUGUCACAAUAAAGAAAUGUAAACACUUAGGAGAAAAGGAAAAUGUUAUUACCUGAUAAAGUCAUCUAUGUCCAUGGAACGGGCCCGCUUGUCACUAAAACCUGUGCUGGUUAGGAUUUGCUGUAUUUUAUCUGCUAUGCUGAAAUCUUCUGGUAUUAUCUAUCAAUAUAAGAUUCAGAAUAAAUGAACAACAGAUCUUUAAUGAA